UAUCUGUUAUCCAGUCGAAGUCCAUGUCCAUUAGACCAUUAUCCACUUCCUACUAACGAAGUGGAGCUGCAGCUGCAUACCUCACAACAAUGGCAUUAAAACUAUUUUCUUUGCCAUUUCAUACUGCCAUCACUACUGCUUCUCAAUCAAAGCUGGCGCAGUUCUCUGGCUCAAAGUCGGCGACUUUUGCUCAAACUUUUCCGAAACACGUCGAGGAAUCAGGUCGGAGAAGGUCGUAUUUAGCGUGCAUGAAAUCGGAGGAGGAUAACGUUUCAGAGGGGGAGAACCAAUGGGGAAAGGUCUCUGCCGUGCUGUUUGAUAUGGACGGUGUGCUUUGCAAUAGCGAGGAGCUGUCUAGGAGGGCAGCUGUGGAUCUUUUCGCUGAAAUGGGGGUUCGGGCUACUGUUGAAGAUUUUGCACCCUUUACGGGCAUGGGGGAAGUGAACUUCUUAGGUGGUGUUGCUAAUGCAAAAGGUGUUAAGGGAUUCAAUCCUGAUGCAUCAAAGAAGAGGUUUUUUGAGAUAUAUUUAGAGAAGUACGCAAAACCAAAUUCUGGCAUAAAUUUCCCCGGCGCCUUUGAGCUUGUCACACAGUGUAAAAGCAAAGGUCUCAAAGUUGCUGUUGCCUCAAGUGCUGAUCGCAUCAAGGUUGAUGCAAACUUAGCAGCCGCUGGUUUGUCAUUAUCGAUGUUUGAUGCAAUUGUCUCUGCAGAUGCAUUUGAAAAUUUGAAGCCUGCUCCUGAUAUUUUUUUGGCCGCAUCAAAGAUUUUGAAUGUGCCCCCUAGUGAGUGUGUUGUGAUUGAAGAUGCAAUAGCUGGCAUACAAGCUGCCAAAGCAGCAAAAAUGAGAUGCAUAGCUGUGACCACAACAUUAGCAGAAGAUACUAUAGAAGCAGCUGCUCCGACUCUUAUCAGAAAGGAGAUAGGCAAUAUUUCAACUGAUGAUAUUCUCAGUGGUGGAUCUGAUUCCCAUAAGGUGAAGAUGCAGGCAUCUCAAUCUAUCAGUUAUCAUGCACCAUCUUCAAUUGAACCCAACAUUAAAGAGAUUACAUCUGUGCAGGAUAAAUACCCUACCAUUGAUCCAAUCUCCUGGUUUGGAGGUAUAUCUGUUGGCUCUUGAAGACACUUGAUUGGUCAAUGAAGACUGUUAAGACUAUUCAACUUCUAGAUCAGCACAAGUAUGAUUUCAGUUUAAUGUGACAUGAGGCUGCAUAAAUCAUUCAUCAACAGGGUGCACGUGUCCCGGCACAAUGUUUUGAGAUAUACAAGUUUGGGCAUUGCUGUUUCCUGUCUUGUUUUCACCAUCACAAAUUGGAAGGCAAUGCAGUAUACGUCUCCAAAAGCUAUUUGGAACUUUUUAUUUGGAGUCAGCAGCCCCCCUUUUGGACAAAGUGAAGACUCAUCUCGCACACAGAGAAUUGAACAGCUCAUAAACUAUAUUUCUGAUGUAGAGACCAGGAAAAAUGCAACUACUGUGCCAGAGUUCCCAGCUAAAUUAGAUUGGCUAAAUUCUGCCCCUCUUCAGCUCAGCCGGGAUUUGAGAGGCAAGGUCGUUCUUCUGGACUUUUGGACAUACUGCUGUAUUAAUUGUAUGCAUGUGCUGCCAGAUCUGAAAUUUCUGGAGAAAAAGUAUAAAGAUAUGCCUUUUGUUGUCGUGGGUGUGCAUUCAGCAAAGUUUGACAAUGAGAAAGACCUAGAAGCUAUUCGCAAUGCAGUGUUGCGCUAUGAAGUCACUCACCCAGUUGUUAAUGAUGGAGAGAUGAAUUUAUGGAGAGAGUUAGGUAUAAAUUCCUGGCCCACCUUUGCUGUUGUUGGGCCAAAUGGAAAGCUUCUUGCACAAAUUGCUGGUGAGGGUCAUAGAAAGGAUCUUGAUGACUUAGUUGAGGCGGCACUUCUUUUCUAUGGUAGAAAAAAGCUAUUGGAUAGUAGUCCCAUUCCUUUGAAAUUGGAGAGAGACAAUGAUCCCUACUUGUUAGCAUCCCCUUUGAAAUUUCCGGGUAAACUGGCAGUUGAUGUUCUCAACAACCGUCUGUUCAUUUCCGACAGCAACCACAACAGAAUAGUAGUUACUGACCUUGAAGGGAACUAUUUGGUUCAAGUUGGUAGCACAGGGGAGGAGGGUCUUCAUGAUGGUAAUUUUGAUGAGGCGACUUUCAAUCGACCACAGGGUCUAUCUUACAAUGCAAAGAAAAACCUUCUUUAUGUGGCAGAUACAGAGAACCAUGCUUUGAGAGUCAUUGAUUUUGUAAGUGAGUCAGUAAGGACCAUUGCUGGGAAUGGAACAAAAGGUUCUGAUUAUGAAGGGGGACGAACAGGAACUACUCAGGCUCUCAAUUCUCCAUGGGAUAUCUGUUUUGAUCCUGAGAAUGAGAUUGUAUACAUUGCAAUGGCCGGUCAGCAUCAAAUCUGGAAGCAUUAUACAUCAGAAGGCGUAACAAAAGCUUUCAGUGGUGAUGGUUAUGAGAGGAAUUUAAAUGGGUCAAGCUCCAGGAACACAUCAUACGCACAACCUUCUGGGGUUUCACUAUCACCUGACCGAAAGGAGGCAUAUAUUGCUGAUAGUGAGAGUAGCUCCAUUCGAGCCGUUGAUCUUAGGACAGGAGGUUCAAAAUUGCUUGCUGGUGGUGACCCAAAUUUCUCAGAUAAUUUGUUCCGGUUUGGAGACCUUGAUGGAAUAGGUUCUGGUGCACUUCUUCAGCACCCAUUAGGCGUUUUAUGUGGUCGAGAUGGUCAAGUUUAUAUAGCAGAUUCGUACAAUCACAAGAUUAAGAAGCUAGAUCCAGUUAGUAGAGCAGUGAGCACAUUAGCUGGCACUGGUCGUGCUGGCUUCAAGGACGGGGCAUCUUCAAGAUCUCAGCUCUCUGAACCAGCAGGAAUUGCUCAAGCAGAAAAUGGAAGAUUAUUCAUAGCAGAUACAAACAACAACCUUAUCAGAUAUUUAGACCUGAUCGAUGGAAAAGCUGAACUUCACACGCUACCAUUAAAGGGAGUUCCGCCUCCUGCAGCUAAAUCCCCAUCUUUGAAACGGCUUAGGAGAAGACGAGUGGACACACAGACCAUUGUUGUUAAUGGUAGUUCAUCAAAAGAAACUCUGUUACAUCUCCAAAUAUCUGUGCCUGAAGGUUACCACUUCUCAAAGGAAGCACAAAGUAAAUUUUGCAUUGACAUGGAACCAGAGGAUGCAGCUCAGAUUUAUCCUAUGGAUGGAAGUCUCAACACAGAAGGUUCUGCUCUUAUACAAGUCAGCAGGUCAUUGGCUUCACCUUCCACGGCUAGAAUUCAUUGCAAGGUUUACUACUGUAAAGAAGAUGAGGUUUGCUUAUAUCAGUCUCUGACCUUUGAAGUACAAUUUCAAGAGUUGAAUCCUGAUUCCUCUCCUGCCGAGAUCUCACUUCCAUAUUUUGUAAAGCCAAAGAGAUGAGAUGGUUCAUUCCUCCAUAGAUAAGCAUGGCAGCUUCAAGGUGCAGCACCGUACAAAACUAUGGAGGAGUUGAGAAGACAAAUGAGAUGGCACUAGGGAUGAAUUUAUUUUCUAUUCUUACUAAAUCAUAACAAAUAAUUAAUUAAUCUAAAUAAAGUAAGUAUAUUGCAUUUCAUAUUCAUACACUAUUUUUUUCUGUAUUUUUUUAUUCAUACACUUUUGUAAUAUAAUUUUAAUAGUCAAUGGAGCCAAAGACUCGAUAUAUUUUGGCUUGAGAAUAUGAUGGAAUAAAGCAAAAUGGCUCACAAAUUGUGUGCGCUUCUUUGUUA